AUGGAUCCAGGAAACCUCACAUGGGUAUCAGAAUUUGUCUUCCUGGGUCUCUCACAGACUCAAGAACUCCAGUAUAUUCUGUUUCUGGUGUUCCUGUUUGUCUAUACCACAACUGUUGUGGGAAACCUCCUCAUCGUGGUCACAGUGACCUCUGAUUCCCGACUCCACACAUCCAUGUACUUUCUGCUCCGAAACCUGGCUAUCUUAGAUCUCAGUUUCUCCUCAGUCACUGCCCCAAAGAUGCUGGUUGACUUCCUUUCUGAGAAUAAGAACAUCUCCUACCAGGGCUGCAUGGCCCAGAUCUUCUUCUUUCAUUUCCUGGGAGGUGCCAUGGUCUUCUUUCUCUCUGUGAUGGCCUAUGACCGCCUCAUUGCCAUCUCUCAGCCCCUCCACUAUGUCACCAUCAUGAACACUCAGCUCUGUGUGGGGCUGGUGGUGGCUGCCUGGGUGGGAGGCUUCCUUCAUUCCAUUGUCCAACUGUGUCUGAUGCUCCCACUCCCUUUCUGUGGCCCCAACGUGCUGGAUAACUUCUACUGUGAUAUUCCACAAGUACUGAGACUAACUUGCACUGACACCGCCAUCUUGGAGUUCCUCAUGAUCUGCAACAGUGGGAUGCUGGAUGCUAUCUGGUUCUUUCUCCUCCUGAUGUCCUACUCGACCAUCCUGGUGAUGCUGAGGUCCCACCCAGUGGAGGCGAGGAGGAAGGCAGCAUCCACCUGCACCACCCACAUCGUUGUGGUGUCUAUGAUCUUCAUUCCAAGUAUUUACCUUUAUGCCCGUCCCUUCAGCCCUUUCUCCAUGGACAAGGCCAUAUCCAUCAGCCACACAGUCAUGACCCCCAUGCUGAACCCCAUGAUCUACACCCUGAGGAACCAGGAGAUGCAGGCAGCAGUGAAGAGAUUAGGGAGGUACUGGUUAGUUUGUAAAAAGGAGUGA